UAAAACAAUAGAAGUUUAAGGUUCAGGACCUGUGAUUUGAAACGUCUGUGCCUGCAACUCGAAAUGGCGGCGGCUCCAGCUGCAAAACUCGCGUUCACCACCGUGCCUUCACCGUCUUCACGUCCCCAGAAUCACGUUCUCAAAUUCACCAUCCCAUUUCCCUCAUACCCAAACAACUCCUCUCCUCAUUCCCGAUGCCGUUCUCUUCAAAUCUCCGCUUCCCUCUCAAAUCCCACCCCCACCGCCGCCUCAGCCUCCACCGCCGUCGCAACUGAAAAUUUCACCUCCCGAUUUUCCCUCGACGAGCCCCGCAAGGGUGCUGACAUCCUCGUCGAAGCCUUAGAGCGCCAAGGCGUGACAGAUGUAUUCGCCUACCCCGGCGGCGCGUCGAUGGAGAUCCACCAGGCCCUGACACGCUCCUCCACCAUCCGCAACGUCCUCCCCCGCCAUGAGCAGGGUGGAAUCUUCGCCGCCGAAGGCUACGCUCGCUCCUCCGGCCUUCCUGGUGUCUGCAUCGCCACCUCCGGCCCCGGCGCCACCAACCUCGUCAGUGGCCUCGCCGAUGCCUUGCUUGACAGCGUCCCCCUCAUCGCCAUCACCGGCCAAGUCCCCCGCCGCAUGAUCGGCACCGAUGCUUUUCAGGAAACCCCCAUCGUCGAGGUAACACGUUCCAUCACCAAGCACAAUUACCUUGUUCUAGAUAUAGAUGAUAUCCCUAGGAUUGUGAAUGAGGCUUUCUUCUUAGCAACUUCAGGUAGACCUGGUCCUGUGUUGAUUGAUAUACCUAAAGAUAUUCAGCAACAGCUUGCUGUUCCAAAUUGGGAUCAACCUAUUAAGCUACCUGGGUAUAUGGCUAGGUUACCUAGGUCACCCUCUGAUGCACUCUUAGAGCAGGUUGUGAGGUUGCUUUUGGAAUGUAAGAAACCUGUUCUCUAUGCUGGGGGUGGUAGUUUGAAUUCUAGUGAGGAAUUGAGGCGUUUCGUUGAGCUUACCGGGGUUCCUGUUGCUAGUACUUUGAUGGGUCUAGGUGCAUACCCCACUGCUGAUGAGAAUUCUCUCCAAAUGCUUGGUAUGCAUGGAACUGUAUAUGCUAAUUAUGCUGUGGACAAGAGUGAUCUUUUGCUUGCCUUUGGGGUGCGGUUCGAUGAUCGUGUCACGGGGAAGCUCGAGGCUUUUGCUAGCCGGGCUAAGAUUGUUCACAUUGACAUUGAUUCUGCUGAGAUUGGGAAGAACAAGCAGCCCCAUGUGUCGGUCUGCGCGGAUUUGAAGUUGGCUUUGAAAGGAAUUAAUCGUAUCUUGGAGAGCAGGGGAGUCAAGGGUAAACUUGAUUUUAGAGCUUGGAGAGAAGAGCUGAAUGAGCAGAAGCUCAGGUUUCCAUUGCAAUUCAAGACAUUUGAGGAAGCUAUUCCUCCACAGUAUGCCAUACAGGUUCUUGAUGAGCUCACCAAUGGAAAUGCUAUAAUUAGUACUGGGGUCGGGCAGCACCAGAUGUGGGCUGCUCAAUUUUACAAGUACAAGAGACCCAGACAGUGGUUAACAUCCAGUGGUCUUGGUGCGAUGGGGUUUGGAUUGCCUGCUGCUAUGGGAGCUGCUGUGGCUAACCCCGGUGAUGUUGUGGUUGACAUCGAUGGUGAUGGAAGUUUUAUGAUGAAUGUUCAGGAGCUGGCCACUAUAAAAGUGGAGAAUCUCCCUGUUAAGAUAUUGUUGUUGAACAAUCAACACUUGGGUAUGGUUGUUCAGUGGGAGGAUCGCUUCUAUAAAUCUAACAGAGCUCACACUUAUUUGGGAGACCCAUCCAAUGAGAAAGAAGUAUUCCCAAACAUGUUGAAGUUUGCAGAUGCUUGUGGUAUACCAGCAGCUCGUGUGACGAAGAAACAAGACCUUAGAGCAGCAAUUCAGAAAAUGCUCGAUACUCCUGGCCCCUACCUUCUCGAUGUCAUUGUACCGCACCAAGAGCAUGUUUUACCCAUGAUUCCAAGUAAUGGUACCUUUCAGGACGUGAUAACUGAGGGUGAUGGCAGGAGAAGUUACUGAUUUGCUGAGCCAAAUUUAUCUUGAUACUGGUUUUGUAUAAUAGUAAGCUAUCAUCUCCUAGUUUUUGUAUUAGUGUUGGCAAAUAAGACAGUGAAAUCAUUUUGUCACUGAAACUGAUUUUACUCUCUACCUCUUGUGUGGUUAUAUGAUGAUGUCCUUUCGGUAUAGGAUCUUAUGGUCAUUUUAAAUGUAUAAGACUCAUCUCGCUGA